AUGCAAACCUCGAUUGAUCGUGAAGCAUGCGAUAAAAAAGCAGAGCUGAAUAAAGCACAAAAUUGGUUGUGGCAUGCACCUGAACGCAUCAUCACAUCUGUAUGCCUCUUGAUGUUGUGUGUUUAUCUCGUUUAUGGUAAAUAUCCUCAAAUUGUUUGUAACUUAUUGACAACAACACCUGCUGCACUCUUCACGUAUGCACUGCUCACGAAAGCGCCUACUGAGACAAUUUCACAGCAUCAGUCGAGCAACAAAGCAAAAAAUACCACCACCACCACCACCACAGCAUCACUUACAACAAUGCGUUCAACACUCACUUCAGUACCAUUCUGCAUCACGUCAUCGACAAAUGAUAACACACUCAGCAAUAACAUCCUCGAAACACCAAUGAGAUCAAUCGACGAAGCCUUUGAUCAAAGCACUACAAAAACAAUAUACGAUCUGUUGAAUGAACAAAUCAAACUGAAAGAUUAUCAACGACCAAAUUUCGUUCUGAAGCAGUCAAUCAUAUCAGAGUCUACUAACGACGCAACGACAUGCCUCGAACAGUCAUUGUUCGAGCCAUCCAGUUUGCUGAAUGAGAAUGAGAACGGUGAUCGACUGAAAAUUGGUUUAUUGGCACCUCCGCCAAAUGGAAAUGAACUUGGAUCUGAUCGGAUGGCAGUUGAUUAUUGUAUCGCAGAAGAGGGCGUAGCAUUGUUCGAUCGGCAGAGGAAGAGUGCCAUGUCGCGUACUGACUUUGAGGUCAUUGAAAACGUCACUAUUAAUCGUAUUGCACGUUGCAAGCAGCAAUUACCGGACAAUUCAUAUUAUCGUGUACUCUUCUGUCAUGACAUUCGAUUAAUACGAGCUUUAUUGUAG